CGCUGAUAUCUGCGGCACUGCGUGAUGGCCAACUUCAACUGCGUCACCGGAGCGCCCGCUUUUGGCCAGCCGUUCUGCCCGUGCCUGUGCUGCCCGUGCUGCCUGGGCGACUCAUUCCUCAGCGCCUCGAGCGGCAUCACCGUGACUCACUACGACGCCGUCGUCGGCAAGCUGGCACCCGUGGCGAUCCCGCUUCUCGUCUCGCUCGGCCCGUGCUUCCAGCCGUGCUACAAGCUCAGCGACGCCACCGGCGUUUGCUGCGUGGCCACCGACCCAAAGCGCCCGUCGGCUUCCUCCAAGCCGGUCGUCAUCUUCGCCAAGCGCACCGUCGCGGACCUCUCCACCUAUACCGCCGCCUUUACAAAGUACGGCACCGCCGCGAUGGAGGGCACUGGCGUCCGCGCCUGCUUCUCCUUCGUCGACCGCGACACGGACAACACCGUCGUGCAGUUCACCUGGGCCGACUCCGCGUCCGACCUCCCUGCGGUGCCGGCCGACCUGGCCGCCUGCUACGCGGGCGGGCCGGAGAGCGACUUUUGCGUCGUCUGGGGCGGCUGGGACGCGGCCGUCAAGGAGGCGCUCGAGGCCGACCCCAAGUGCAAGUACGAGUUUGGCACCGAGACGCGCGGCUUCCUCAAGUCGCCCGGCGCCGAGACGGCCGCGGGCUUUGCAACAGGCAGCCCGCCGAUGAUCUGGAUCUCGAAGCGCAAGAUCAAGCCGGGCAUGCUCUCCUUCGGCGGCACGCACUUCCAGUACGGUACCGACAUGAUGUACCCCGCGGCGCCGGCCGCACUCGGGAUCGCCGAGAUCACGGCCGACGGACCCGACGCCACGUGGAGCCUCCGCGUCUUCAACGACUACAACAUGGGCUUCAAGGCCCACUUCCCGGUGCCCUCGUGCAUCCUCUGCCUGAUGGCCUUCAACGUCAUCCCGACGUGGGAGCCGGGCAAGUUUGCCGUCGGCUACAACUUCUCGUCGAAGGAGUACAUCGAGGCUGCCGUCGCCUCCAAUCCGGGGAACGCGUCGUACACGCCGUACUUCUACGCCGCCGGGCUGAUUGGUCCGGAGCCCGACUUCGGCAAGGGGAUGACCCUUACCGCCCCCAAGCCAAUGGACAUGCACUAGCGGUGCGAACGAAAUCCACCCGAAGCCGCAGCUCGUAGCACGAAUGUGUAUAUCCUGUCCACCGUUGUCUGGAGGCUGCCCUUGAGGCUCGCUCACACAGCAGGUGGCAGCAGGGACACGAGGGAGAGUGUUCACGCUUGGUCUGCCCCGCUCGCGUGGGCCGUGGGGCGCGUGGGCUAGCCGUGGCACCUGUCUCGGGCUGUCUGCAUUUUCGUUUUCGAGAGAGACGUGUAUACGUGGG